AUGCACAGAUCUUUCCACAGUAGUAGGGGACUGUUAAAGAACCCGUACUAUAUUUACGACCUUGGCCUUGCACAGCCCAAAAACGACGGCGUGGAGGCCCACGGGUCUAAACUAGUUUUCAACCCAUCAGUGUAUUCUUCGACGGAGGAUAUGUCUACGAGAGCCAAAAGAGUGUUUGGCGAUCUGGGGUCUCGCGAAAAAUCGCGGUCAGAGGCCGAAUCGAAAGCCGUAGUAGUAUGUGGGGUCAAAGUGCCCGCUCAGCCGGAGGAACCUACAAACUGUUGUAUGUCUGGUUGUGUUAACUGCGUUUGGGAGUUAUACAAGGACGAGAUUGAAGAAUGGCGAAGCAAGGUCAAAGAAGCACGAACAAAGAUUAUGAAGCUACCUAAUUGGCAGGACAUCUGGCCCGAUCAGCUGGGGCCAUUGCCGGGCUCUGCCAAGCGCACACGGCCCGUAGACACGUCAGGGAGCGACGAUGGCAUGCCAAUUCAAGUUGAUGACGAGGCAUUUGAUGGCCUGAACACCGGAAUCCGGGUAUUUAUCGAGACAGAAAAGCGGUUGCGGAACCGACGCGCCGCAAAGCAGGCCCAGGCCUGA